GAUCAAAUGAACGGAAGAAAAGGUAAACUAGUCUGAACCGUUGUAGGUACGACGCAGAGGUAGUGGUGCAAAAUCUGAUAUCAUCCGAUUUUCUAGCAAAUUUAUCCUAGUUUAUUUAAUCGAGGUUAAGUCAAUAUAUAUUCCGUAACGUAAUCUUUAUGAGAUUUGUCAGCAGAAGGCAACGAGAGACGAUAAAACUGCGUUUUUGUCCGCCGCCCGGAACCGUUGCUGCCGUUUGACCUAGCUAACAUUAGCAAGCAUUAGCAGCAUAAACCGGGGCCCAGGUUAGCCACUUUCCCAAAUAACAGGGGGUUUUAGCUUUUCUGUUUUAGUUUUUUACGACACAUUUUAGCGCAAUGGCUUGCGGGGCUACUCUGAAAAGGACUCUGGACUUUGAUCCGCUAAUGAGCCAGGCUUCACCCAAAAGAAGGAGGUGCGCCCCGAUGGUGUCCCCGGUCUCUUCACCACAGAAAUAUUUGCGUAUGGAGCCGUCGCCGUUUGGGGAAGUGUCGUCCAGGCUCACCACAGAGGAAAUUCUACACAACAUCAAACAGGAGUACAAGCGUCUGCAGAAGCGACGACACCUGGACACUGCUUUCCAGCAGGCAGAGAGUUGCUGUCCUCUGGACCUGCAGAACAUCCACAGUGGAGCUGCCCUACCAGGUACAUCCUUGGGUGCCUCAUCCCCCACCAGAAAAGAGCAGCCUUUAUUCUCCCUCAGACAGGUCGGGAUGAUUUGUGAAAGACUGCUGAAAGAGCGAGAGGACAAAAUCCGUGAGGAGUACGACGAGAUACUAACGACAAAGCUCGCAGAGCAAUAUGAUGCGUUUGUCAAGUUCACACAUGAUCAACUGAUGCGAAGGUUUGGAGAGCAGCCUGCCAGCUAUGUUUCCUGAGUGUCAGCACCUGAUAUUGAGGAAUACCCUUUGCUUCGAGCUACUCCAGGGACUCAGUGCGUCCAGUCGGACUUUUCUCCUAGCUGUGCCAUACCGACUCUAUGUGGACUCAGUCUGUGGCAUUCACGUUUGCUGUGUCUACCAGAGUUAGGAGGGCUUCCUGCUGCCACCCCCUUUCAAGGACUCUCUGUGACUCGACCAGUGGCCUCUCAACUGCCGUGUCAAUAUUUAUUUGGCUUUGUUCUGAUGCCAUCGUAAAAGGCUGACUGCCACCUCACACUUGGCCUUUUGAUUUUAUUUUUGGAUGAUUUAGUUAUUUCACAGAGAGGAUGUUAGCUGUGCAGCUUCUCUAUAUGUACAUUUUGAAAAAGGGAUUGAACGUUGACAAGUGGACAAACCAAGACGUCUCCAGACUGGAGUCCAGGAUCAGGCCUCUUGGUUUUUCUCAGCAUUGUUUUAAACUGUACUGGCAGUAAACUGCUAUUACAUUUGUAUACACUGUAUUUUUUUAUUCUUUUUGCUUGACUUUUGUUCAUUGUACCAAAAUUUCAUGGUUUUAUUUGCUGUAGGUAUAAAGGGGCUUUGUUUCAAGAAAAGUAAACAAUAAAAUGUUUACACAAA